CGAGGCAGGCAAAGCCUCCUCCCUCCCUCCUCCCUCCUCCCCGACCCUGGGAGUCUCGGAGUUUGAGGACGCAGGCAGGAUAUGAGCAGACAGAAAGCCCUGGGGGAGGGGAGCUGUGCAGCCUUGCCUUCGGCUGUGGGGGGUUUCAGGGUCCAGCCCGAGUGCUGCUCAGGUUCCGAUUCGGCGGUGGGAUCUUGCUGUGCUUUCCAGGCCCGGCGGGUCAGCGAUAACCAGGGGGACCAGGCCAGAUUCGCUCCAGGAGGGGAGAGAGGCUGCUCAUCACUGGGUCAGUGGCAGCUCGCUGUGUCGAGGCGUGACCCGGUUCUGCAGCCCAGAGAGUGCGCAGGUAUGGACCUCCGGACUGGUCAGCGCUAUGCGAAACCAACAGCGCAGAGACUGUCCCAGGGCGAUAACCACCAGCAACAGCUACUCAUCACACAGCUACAGAGAUGUCACCAGCUAUACAGCACAGCACACCUACAGCCAGACAUCAAGUACCGGUUACAGCAGAGCUGUGAGUCGGCGGGGAAUGUGGAGCACACGGAGAAACGGCCGAUUCUCUGGCACAAAGAUAAAGGCGAACAGAGUGCAGUGGCGAGUCUGGAGGUGAAACAGCGCCUCCAGGAGUUUGUGUUGAAGAAGCAACAAGCAGCUUUAAAGCAAUGCGACUCUGGGGGUCCAGUUCAGACCAGCGUCAACUACAUGCCCCGGAACCAGCUACUGACUCCGGCCCCCAGGUCCAGCCAGCCCCGCGCCGCUCCGGCCAUCGACCCCCUGCUGACCGCUGGGACAGAGUCUCUGUCUGCCUUCCCCCUCCGCAAGACAGCCUCGGAGCCCAACCUGAAGCUGCGCGUCAAACUGAAACAGAAAACGUCGGAGAGGAGGAGGAGCCCACUCCUGCGGAGGAAGGACAGCGCUCCAGCCAGUCUGCGCAAGAGAGCUCCCGACAGCCGGGAUCCCUCACCCGUCAGGAGUAGGAACACGUCAAGAGCCAGUCUACAAAACCAGGCUGCACCUUCCGAGAAUGGCCACAACAAGCCCAACAUUGACCCUGAGAAUUCCUUUGCCCAGCACCUUCUCGUCCAUGAGGGCUCCCUGGUCCAGUUGACCAUCCCAAGCAGACCUGCCCUCCCCAACAUCACACAGGGACUUCCGACCUCUAUCCCCGCCAAGGGUCUGAUCGAGGAGAUGGGUGGACACUCGCUGGCGAACCUGCCCUCUAGGCUGCACACUCACGACACAACGCUGCUGACCGGUCACUCCCCGGUCACCUACAUCCACACCUCGGCCCUGGAGAGGGAGGCAGGAGCGGCCAGACUCCAGCCGGUGCUCAUCCUGGAGCCAUCGAUGGGACGGGGCCCGCUAUUGGCUGUGUCAGGGAUGGGCACGAUGCCCCUUUUCUACGCCCACCCCCUGGUCGCCAGCGACUGCUACGCGCCCCGGAUAUCCAAGAUACCUCACCACCGUCCGCUGGGCAGGACACAGUCUGCCCCCUUGCCCCAGAGCCCCAAGUCUGUCCAGCAACAGCUGCAGACCCAGCUGCAGCACCAGAUGUUCCUCGAGAGGCUGAAGCAGCAGACUCACCUGGGCAAGCUGAUGUCUAAGCGGAAGGCGAGCCACGGUGAAGAGGGUGAGGCAGAGAGGGUCGGGCAAGGAGCAGGAGGGGUCCUCCACAGACCUCAGCCCAGGGUCAGCGAAGACGGACAGCAACUCAACGAAGGCAAGAUCGAGGAGGGGUCAGCGAGGCUCGGAAAGCGGGAACACACCGAGGGUGAUCUCCAACAGCAAGCUCUUCUGUGGGACCAGCACUGGAUCCAUCAGCUCCAACACUUGCCACCGAUGGAGACUCUAGGGGCCCAGUACCCUGCGGUGUGUCAUCGGCCCCUGUCCAGGGCUCGCUCCUCGCCAGCCUCGGCCUCUGUCCCAGCGCCCGCUCCCGAGAUACCCAGCAAGCCCUCCUUCACGACCGGGAUUGCCUAUGACAGCAUGAUGCUAAAACACCAGUGUACGUGCGGGAACAGCAACCAUGCAGAGCACGCGGGCAGAAUCCAGAGUAUCUGGUCAAGGCUACAAGAAACCGGACUUCGGAGUCAGUGCGAGUGUAUCCGGGGCAGGAAGGCCACUCUGGAAGAGCUACAGUCGGUUCACACGGAGCAACAUGUCCUCCUGUAUGGGACGAACCCACUGCACAGACUCAAGCUGGAUAGCCGCAAGCUGUUGGGAAUACUAUCCCAGAGGAUGUUUGUGGUACUGCCCUGUGGUGGCCUUGGAGUGGACAGCGACACAGUUUGGAACGAGCUGCAUUCGUCUAGCGCCGCGAGGGUGGCGGUCGGCUGUGUGCUGGAACUGGCCUUCAAGGUGGCAUCAGGGAAGCUCAAGAACGGGUUCGCCAUUGUCAGACCGCCAGGACAUCACGCGGAACCCUCCACUGCAAUGGGAUUCUGUUUCUUCAACUCAGUUGCUAUAGCAGCAAAACAACUCCUCCAGAAAUCCAACGCCAAGAAGAUCCUGAUUGUGGACUGGGACGUGCACCACGGAAACGGGACUCAGCAGGUCUUCUACAGCGACCCGAGCGUCCUGUACAUCUCGCUCCAUCGCCACGACAACGGUAACUUCUUCCCCGGCAGCGGAGCGGCUGACGAGGUUGGGAGUGGCCCCGGUGAGGGGUUUAACGUGAAUAUCGCCUGGAGUGGAGGUCUUGAUCCUCCAAUGGGAGAUGCUGAAUAUCUCGCUGCGUUCAGGACAGUGGUGAUGCCCAUCGCACAGGAAUUCGGUCCCGACGUGGUUCUCGUCUCCUCCGGCUUCGACUCUGUGGAAGGUCACUCACCUCAGCUGGGAGGGUACAAAGUGUCUGCAAAAUGCUUCGGACAUCUGACCCGACAGCUGAUGACCCUGGCUGAAGGACGGGUUGCCAUGGUGUUGGAGGGUGGCCACGAGCUCACGGCUAUCUGUGACGCCUCCGAGGCUUGUGUGACUGCGCUGCUGGGCAAGGAGCUGGAGUCUCUCCCUGAACAAGUCCUGCAGCAACAACCAAACACCAACAGUGUACAGUCUCUGGAGAAAGUGAUUCGUGUACAGAGUAAAUACUGGACGUCAGUUCAGCAGGUCUCCCAGACGGUCGGACAGUCCCUGUCUGAGUCCCAGACUCACGACAAGGACGAGAGCGAGACGGUCAACGCACUGGCUUCACUGUCAGUGGGAGUCAGCGGAGGGGGAGUCACAGACAAAGGCCCCAUCGAGGAGCCAAUGGAGGAUGACGCGUCUGCCUAGACCCCCGACGACACUCCCCUCGCCGGGGUCCCGGAAGGGGACUGCAGGACCCCGGGCCGAGCUUUCCAGAACAUUCCGUGACGGCCAGGAGAGGGGAGGGGGAGGGGGAGGGGG